AUGAACGCGAAUUUAAUGGCUUUAAUUCACACGAAUAAAAAAAUAAUCACGGCAUUCUAUCUGAUACUGAACAUUUUUUUCUCCAUCGUAAUCGUAUUAUUAAAUAAAUGGCUCUAUGUCCAUACCGGUUUUCCAAACAUUACGCUAUCGAUGAUACAUUUUGUUAUCACAUUUAUCGGAUUAAUAAUAUGUGAAAAAUUUGAUGUUUUCUGUAUAAAAGAUAUCGCGAUUAAAGAAAUGUUUUUAAUUGCUAUGACAUUCUGUGGAUUUGUUGUAUUAACAAAUUUGAGUCUAGCAUAUAAUACUGUUGGAACUUAUCAAGUUGCUAAAAUGUUGACUACACCCUGUGUGAUAAUAACACAAAUAAUAUUCUACAAAAAGCACUUUAGCAUACUUAUUAAACUAACAUUAAUUCCUAUAAUAUUAGGGGUAGUAAUUAACUUUUACUAUGACAUACAAUUUAAUAUUAUUGGAACAGUAUACGCAACAAUGGGAGUGCUUGUAACAUCUUUAUAUCAAGUGAUGGUAAAUAGAAAGCAGAGGGAAUUCCAAAUGGAUCCAAUGCAAUUGUUAUAUUAUCAAGCACCUUUAUCUGCAGUUAUGUUAUUUUUUAUUGUGCCAUUUUUAGAGCCUGUAAAACAAACAUUUGCAAGAAGUUGGUCAGUGGUGGAUAUAAUUAUGGUUGUACUAUCAGGCAUAGUAGCAUUUUUUGUUAACUUAACAUCCUAUUGGAUCAUAGGAAAAACUUCUCCAUUAACUUAUAACAUGGUUGGACAUUCCAAAUUUUGCCUAUUACUUUUAGGUGGUUCAUUAAUCUUUCAUGAAACACUGGCAAUAAAUCAAGUGAUUGGUAUCACUUUAACAUUAGUUGGAAUUAUUUUGUAUGCACAUGUCAAAAUGAAGGAUACUCAGCCUGUAGUGCCAGAUUAUGAAGAAACAGAUAGAAAACCAUUGCAUAAAGUAUGA